AAAACAUUUCCCGUCAGAGCUAUUUGUGCUAAGCCUCAGCUGAUACAGCCGGUAUCAAGAAGUCUAAUUUUUUCAGGAGUGUUGAAAUAUUUUGUCACUCUGGAGAAAUUUUACCCCAAAGAUAUCACACUUAGGUGGACACAUGGAGUAGGGGAGCCACAAGAAGCCUUAUUAUCAACAGAGACAUACACAGAUAAUCCUGAUGGGAACUAUAGUGUCUACAGUGAGGUCACAAUUCCUGAGAAGCUCCUGAAGGAUCCAGAAUUCAGAGUACGAGUGAUCUGGGAACAUGAAUCUCUGGACACA